CGUCUUGGCAGCUGAUUUUCCACUUCAUGUGCUUUCCUGUUGAUCGCUUCAACACAACACUGCUGCUCCUCCAUAAUUUAACACUAAACAAACCAAACCAAACCAAUUUCAUCAUCAUCGCCGCCGCCACCACCACCAUCAUCAUCGCCAUCAUCUUCUUCUUCUCCAAACAACAAAUCAGCGCUUCGCCAAUCCCACCCCACCCACCGCCCGCCUGCUCCUCUCCCUCCCUCCCUCCGCUUUCCGCCUUCUUGAUGCAACAGCCAGUCCUGCGAUUUCAGUAGCCAGGAGGAAGGAGAAAGGGGACAGGCGCCGGGAUCCCGACAGGAGAUCCUGCUCGCCUAGCCUUUGCUGUUUGAGGCGGAGAGAUUGUAAGGGCCGAGAGAGAGAGAGAGAGAGGGAGGGAGGGAGAUGUCUCGUGGCGGCGGCUACGGGGAGAUGGGGCAGAAGAUCGACUACGUGUUCAAGGUGGUGCUCAUCGGCGACUCCGCCGUCGGCAAGUCGCAGCUGCUGGCGCGGUUCGCGCGCAACGAGUUCAGCCUCGACUCCAAGGCCACCAUCGGCGUCGAGUUCCAGACCAAGACCCUCCAGAUCGACAACCGCACCGUCAAGGCCCAGAUCUGGGACACCGCGGGACAAGAGAGGUACCGAGCAGUAACAAGUGCCUACUACAGAGGCGCAGUAGGAGCUAUGCUAGUGUAUGACAUGACCAAGCGUCAGUCCUUCGAUCAUAUGGCGCGGUGGCUCGAGGAAUUGCGAAGCCAUGCCGACAAGAACAUCGUCAUCAUGCUCAUUGGGAACAAGUCGGACCUGGGCUCCCUCCGGGCUGUCCCGACAGAGGAUGCCAAGGAGUUCGCCGAGCGCGAGAGCCUCUUUUUCAUGGAGACGUCCGCUCUUGAGGCUACCAAUGUGGAGAAGGCCUUCAUGACCGGCCUCGAGGAGAUAUACCGCACUGUCAGCAAGAAAAACCUUGUGGCCAACGAUGAGGCUAACUCCGGCGGGAACUCGAGCUUGCUGAAAGGAACGAAAGUUAUCAUCCCAGGCCAGGAGCCGGCCCCUACGGCCAAGGCAGCAUGUUGUAUGUCCUCCUAGACACCAUCUUGUUUCUGGCAGGUAAAGUUUCUAAGUUGAUCCCGGGGUAUCGGCACGCUGAAUGGGUGGGAUUCUUGGGAAGAGGGAUGUAAUUACAUGAAUAGGUGACUCACAUAAAUUGUAAUUUUGUUGAUGAUUAGAUUUUGUAUCUGGUUACGGUGGCGUAUAUACUAGUUAUCAUGAAUCCUUUUAUUCGGGAUGUAAUUAGCCCAACCUUUCAUGCUGGUA